AUGGUGCCAGGAAACCAAACACAAUUCACUGAAUUUAUCCUCCUGGGAUUUUCUGAGAAAGCAGAGCAACAGGGGCUCCUCUUUGGGCUAUUCCUGGGCAUGUAUUUGGUCACAGUGGUUGGAAACCUGCUCAUAAUGUUGGCCAUUGGCUCUGACUCUCACCUCCACACCCCCAUGUACUUCUUCCUUUCUAACUUGUCCUUUGUGGAUAUCUGUGUGGUAUCCACCACGGUCCCCAAGAUGUUGGUGAGCAUCUUGACACAAAACAAGGCCAUCUCCUAUGCUGACUGUCUUGCCCAGAUGUCCUUCUUUAUGGUUUUUGCUGGUUUGGACAAUUUCCUCCUCACUGCAAUGGCCUAUGACCGUUUUGUGGCUAUCUGUCACCCUCUACGCUAUGCAGCCAUCAUGAGUCCCCAGCUUUGUAGCCUGCUGGUUCUGCUAUCCUGGAUGAUAAGCUUUCUAGACUCCCUUCUUCACAGUCUGAUGGUAACACGUCUCUCCUUCUUUGGCCCCAUGGUACCAGGAAACCAAACACAAUUCACUGAAUUCAUCCUCCUGGGAUUUUCUGAGAAGCCAGAGGAGAAGGGGCCCCUCUUUGGGCUGUUCCUGGUCAUGUACUUGGUCACCGUGGUUGGAAAUCUGCUCAUAAUGUUGGCCAUUGGCUCUGACUCUCACCUCCACACCCCCAUGUACUUCUUCCUCUCCAAUCUGUCCUUUGUGGAUAUCUGUGUGGUAUCUACCACAGUCCCCAAGAUGUUGGUGAGCAUCUUGACACAAAACAAGGCCAUCUCCUAUGCUGACUGUCUUGCCCAAAUGUAUUUCUUUUUGGUUUUUGCUGGUUUGGAUGAUUUCCUACUCUCAGCAAUGGCCUAUGACCGUUUUGUGGCUAUCUGUCAUCCUCUACGCUAUGCAGCCAUCAUGAGCCCUGGGGUCUGUUGCCUCUUGGUUCUAUUCUCCUGGAUAAUAAGCCUUCUCUAUUCCCUUCUUCACAGUCUGAUGGUAACACGGCUCUCCUUCUGUACAGAUCAUGAAAUUCAGCACUUCUUUUGUGAUCUUCCUCAGGUCUUGAAACUUGCUUGUUCUGAUACCCUUAUUAACUAUGUCUUGGUAUACCUUGUAGCUGGACUAUUAGGUAUUCUCCCCCUCACGGGGAUCCUUUUCUCCUACAGUCAGAUCUGUUCUUCCAUUUUGAAAGUCCCAUCUGCUCAGGGUAAGUAUAAAGCCUUUUCUACCUGUGGAUCUCACCUCACUGUUGUUUGUUUAUUCUAUGGCACAGGACUUGGAGUAUAUCUGAGCUCUUCAGGUACCCACUCUUCCUGGAAGAGCACAGUUGCCUCAGCAAUGUAUGCUGUGGUCACCCCCAUGUUGAACCCCUUCAUCUAUACACUGAGGAAUAAAGAUAUAAAAUAUGCCCUUAAGAGGCUUAUGAGCAGAAUACCUUCCUCUCAGUGA